CAAUCAAGUACUUGAAUCAUGAUGCUAUGCAUGCGUUUUCUUUUUUUUUUGGUUCUUCGGAAUCUUUUUGAGCCGGUCGCCCGGUAUCCUACAGAACAGCACACCCACGGUACCAAUUGCGCUGCAGUUUCUAUGUAAGAAAAAAGCUGCUUUGUUUUGUUCAGGAUUACAAACCUGCUUAGUACCUCUCUGAUCCCUUUUCUGCAUUAAUACAGUGCUUAAAGAUAAAAAACUCAAACUGAAACAACACACGCCUGGGAUUAUGGAAGAAGUGUGUUCAUAUUUUGUAAUUGCAGUAAUGCAUUUGCAUGCCGAUGCAAGGAUCAGCGUGGCAAAGUUUUUUGUGGUGCCAUAAAAACAGCAACACAGAUUCAUUUUCUGUUGGUAUGGGUGUGCUUUCCUCUUGGAUAGCCGGGACCUAGGUUUCGAGUGUACGCGGCUGCGGUCGUCUGCCAUAUGCAUUGCAAAUGUGUCUGGAUCUGGAUGGCUGCAACUUGUGAUGUUGCUGACUGUGGAUUCUAGAAAAAUCUGUAUUGCAUGACCAGCAAUACAACGAGUCCAGUUUGUGCUACGCGGAGAGGGCAUUUGUCAUGCGGAAUAGGCAUCAGGAACGCGUCUAGCAAUCUGUGCUGCUAGGUCAUGCAUUACAGGCAUCCUGGGUCAUGCAAAAUAUGCAUGACAAGCCUUGCAUCCUUCCAGACCCAGACAUAUUUGCAUUUGAUAUGCUAACCGCCUUGCCGCGAGAGAUCAACGAGAGCAGGAAAGCGGACGCCGGCCACGACGAAUCCAACGUCAGGUAUAAUGAAAAAUCGUAGAAGGGAGUCUUCUAUUUGUAAAGAUUCCGGUUGUGUGGAGUUAGACGCAGAAGUCGUACUUUUACUAUCUACGAACAAUCAAACCUCAGCUUGGACCCGAUGUAUACUGUGCAUUUUACAACAGUUUUGACAUCAUCACUUGUCGGCGCCGUGCUAUUGGGCACUAUCUGGAGCAGUAAUCUGGAGUGUAGAGUUUUCGCAUUUCAUGGGUGAUUCUUCUUAGUACUACUAGGUAACGCCAGCAGUAGGGGCCAAGCAGCAAGCGCUCACGGCACCGACGUCCUGGGCGGAUGAAACAGGUGCGUAUAAUAGUACCAUUCCGUUUGAAACGGGUUCGACCACAUGCAAGAUAAGUUUUUUGUCGCAGGUUUUUGUGCGCGCAUUUUUUAUUGCCGGAUUCAAAUGCAUCAAAAAUAAAAAACUUAAAUGUGUAAAAAAAGCAUUAAGCGUUUUAAUUCAUUUACAGUCGAUAAUCACGAUGCGGCGUCGGACGGCAGGCAGCAUUCGGAGGAAGCGCGAGGAUCAGCAGCAGCUGAUCCGUUCCCGCCGGAUUAUCAAAUGCAAACAGGUCUGGGUGAAGAAAAAUGCGUAUCAUACAAGAAAUGGUCUCAAAUGCCCGCAAAAGCAUUGGAGGUUUAGCGUAGGUCUCUGGAUGCCUUUCCCGCAUGAACAGUGCGCUAUCUGCGUUGUAGCAGAAGAUGGGCAACUGUUGGAAUGCAUGUGGUAUGCAACACUCAGAGAAUUUUGUGUGAUCCCGAAUUUGCAUCAAGGACAGACGUAUUUGCAAUGCAUAUUAAGGAGCGUCGAUCCCCAUCCCCAGCUCACAGCGCGGCCGCGACGGUUGGCAGUUCCGAGCACAGCAGCAAACAAUCUCGGUCGGGUUCUCGGUCCGCAUCCCCAGCGCACAGCGCGGCCGCGACGGUUGACAGUUCCGAGCACAUCAGCGAACAAUCUCGGUCGGGUUCUCGGUCCGCAUCCCCAGCGCACAGCAGGGCCGCGACGGUUGACAGUUCCGAACACAUCAGCGAACGAUCUCGGUCGCGUUCUCCGCACUUCGCACGUGCUACGUGAGACAAAAAAGCCGGCGAGUCAUGUUUGCAAUGAAAAAGAAAAAAACCAAAAAGCAAAGAAAAACUGGCAUGGGCAAACCUGCAGCGUGCUGCUUCAGGCAUGUAAGACAGAAAAACCUGGCGUGGGCAAUCCUGCAGUGUGCUGCUUCAGGUAGGUAAGACAGACUCUUUUGUGUAUUUAUUUUUGCAUUCGUAAGUAGACAGACUCAUUGUAGUUGUUCAUUGUUCAUUUACUGUUGCAUUGCAAAUGUCCCCCGGCGCCGGCUUUUACUCUAGGAUAAUUGUCCAGCUUAGCGCCGUGCAUGAUCGUGUCCGUGACGGUCCUGCACCGCCGUUGUAUGCAGUGCAAGUAAAAAGUCUGGAUCGGGAUGAGUGCAACGUGUGAUCAUGCUUCCUGUAGGUCAUAAAGAUUUAGAAAUCUGUUUUGUACGAAAAGCAAAAGCUACUCAGUUUUUGCGACGCACACGCAAAGUGUGGACAAUUUCUUAUGCGGUAUAUUCACAAAUUGUCCGACUAGCACUAGGUCCUCAGGGGAACUUCGACCCACCCAGCCGGGUGGGCCUUAGAUCCCCUGCCCAAAAAAUUCGGUUAUGAGUCCACCACCGCUAAAAGUUAAAUUAUGAAUCCACCCCAAGAAUGAGCUCAUUGAUUUUUUGGGCAGCAGGGGACCCAAGGGCCAAGGCCCACCCGGCUGGGUGGUGCGAAGUUCCCCGGAGGACCUAGUUGAGCAAUUUGUGACCCUCCUCUAAGCAUUAUGUUUCGAGCCGAGCAAUUAGAAGUUAUGCUAGAUUCUGCAUCAAUAAGCCAAACCUUGCGAGCCAUGGAAAAAUCUGCAUCGCAAAGACCUGCAUUCUUCCAGACCAAGACAUAUUUGCAAUGCACACGCUGCAAUUAUCCGCUGGACUGUCGACGGCUCUUGCCCGCGGCACGUUCUCCCCGAGCCAGGUCCAACGCACAGAAGACUCCAGUACAGCCAGCCGCGUGGCGGUCGAGGACCCCCAGCCGUACAUCUUCCGAAUCCGUGCGUCGCCCAUGGGGGAAUGGGUUGAGCAGGACGAUCACACGCGCAUGUGGGAUCUGCAGGUACCGUUUCACGAGUUGACAUGCGUGUGCACGUUGGCGCUCUGUGGUUCUUCGUCCGGAGGCACCACCCCAGGGGGCCGUGUUGUUGCUCCGCGUCAGCCGGUAUGUGUUGCAAAUAUGUCUGUGAUGUCCUCUGGGCGAAAGAACUAAACUUGUCAUGCUUGUCUGGCAUGACUCUGAGGUACUACAUUUUGGUGCAAGAUCACGAAAAGAUUUUUUUGCUUGUCAUGUAAGAACGCAGUCUGCCAUUCGGUGCCCCCAUUACUAUUCGCCGACUAGCAUAAUUACAGACAUAUUUGCAAUGCAUAGCAGGAAGGCGAACGAGAUCCCCCGGCGCGCAUGUACAAGCUGUGCUCCAGUCCGGUGGUGAUCGACUGUAAACUGCGGGAGCCCCAAAAAGAAUCCGUUCCUCCCCCCGGGGAUUUGUCGGGACUUGGUUGGCGGUGCACUAAAAUGUCCCAGUUGCGGCUGAAUAGCACGAGCUCGUCAAUUUUCCCCGGCAUCCCGCUGGACCGCGUCGCGAAGCUCGCUGUGGACAAGGUAUCGUAAAGAAAAAUCCCCCCUCCCCAUAUCGAAAGCGUAUCCGUCUGAAAAUUUGCGAUGCGCAUUUGCGACCUCAAAUCCUGUCUGUCUUGCAAGAAGGCAAGUCCAGAAAGCGUUUCGCAUUUUGCAGGCGGUUUGUAAUGCUGUUUGGCUUAGAGCAUACACGUUUGUCAUGCUAGGCGCCUACGUCAAAACCUCUCGACUGAGGCUUGGCAUAUGCCUGCAUUCCUCUACUGCAAGACAAAUCUGAUUUGUGUAUGGAAAUCCAGCAUCAGAAACUUCGUUUCGAUAUGGGGAGGGGGGAUUUUUCCUUUCGAUACAAGGGAAAGGAGGUUUACACGCUACCACACUAUGGAGGGAAAGUGCGUGAUUUUCCCGGCUGCUGCUAGCUCUAGAAGAAAAAAGCCAGCUGGUCGUGCGAGUUUUCCCAUAAGGCGCUUCUGGUGAUGCAAAACGCUAAAGCAAAAAGCACACCAAGCCGCAUGGAAGUGAGUGACUUUCAUGGAGAUAAGUGAUAUAUAAUUUUUGGCGUGCUUUUUGAUUUUGCAUGAUGUAGCAAAUCCGCAUGACAAUUUUCUCAGGGCUAGCAUCACUCCCGAAGAUCGUUCAUUUUCCCGCUAUACACCAGAAGGUGCGGACACGGAUAGCGACUCGGAGCCGCCGUCUGGCCUCCAGACGCCCGGUCAGGAGGAAGAUCAUUCGGGUGAUGACGCAGAUCGUCCAACCGGCGGACGGCGUGGGCCCGAGCAAGCGACGAGCCUGGCCCGCGCCGCAAGGAGGCUCCUGAAGCCGACACAAGUGGCUUUUCCGCUGUUCUGUUUCAGUGACAAGUUUUUGAAGCAGAAGCCGUGCGUGGUCUCCGGGCAGCACGGGACGCGACUGAUUUAUCAGGACCAGCUGCGGAAAUACAAGGAGGCACGGUUCUACGAGAAGCACGCAACGAAUGUUCCGAAUUGGCAGGCCAUCUACUUCGUUUCCCGUCUGCGGUUUCCGGAUACAACUACCAGCACGAGAGGACGAGAUAUGGGAGUGCAGAACCUCCCUCCCCCUCGUUCUUUGUGCUGCAGAAUCAAUACAAAGUCUACACCUUGCCUUGAAGCACUCUCUGCAUGCUAAAUUUUGAAACCUUAAAAAACGCCAGCACUUCUGUCCGUGUGGAGAUUUGUCGUGCGGAAGCCACAUUGACAUUGAUUUCUCCCGUUGUUUGUGUUGCUACUCACGCCGUUCGUAUGAGGGGAAGAGGGAGUUGUGCAAUCUCAUACGAGAGCCGUCCACGACGCAAGAGCCCCUCGUGGAAACGCUUGUCAUUUGUGACGGAAAUUUUCAGCUGCAGCCCUACUGUCCGGCGGUGUCGCUCGGGGACCCACAGAGGGCACUACCUGCUUCGGGCCAAGGAACCAGUUCUCUACAGGACCCGGAAGACGACGAUGCCGACAUGGAGCAGCUUAUUCUGCGCUGGCGGCGGUUCACCGUAGACCCGGAGGAGAAAAACGACGAGCUCCGGUGGAUUAAGGCGGACCUGAGGGUUUUUCUGGAGGAUCUGCGUCAGCACCAGAACGGGGAACAGGACGGCGGUGCUGCGAUCGACUGCGUCCAUCCCGACGCGUGCUUUUUGCACUGGAAAACUGAAACGGUCGUGCAUGCCAUGGACGGCUGGAAGGACCUGUACCUGUCGAAGAGCUCCGACUGCGUGGUGGGCCGAACGAUCAAAAGCAUCUGCCAGGAACAACUGCUAGCUUCUUGUUCCGAUGAAGUUGGGUCGACCACGACGGCUGGGGGUUCCACUUCCUCUUCCUCGGGGAUGGAGCAAUCUGCGUGUGAACAACGACCUUCCGCACCAGCACGCCCGUCGAAGCGCCUGCGCCGUUUCCGGCCCCGGAACGAGCGGCUGCACCGCAUUCACACGGAGCCGCCGAGUCCGCUCAUUUGGAAGAGCCGCAAGUUUUGCGACGGGCGGUCUAAGCCUCGUACGAAGACAGCGCGGCGCAGUGCGCUGCACUGGAACGACCCCGAGUUCGUUUCAACGCGGUUUCGGGAGGAAGCCGCGAUCACCGCCCAAGCCACCGCCCGGUUCGACAGCCAAAACAUCCGAAUGCCGCUCCUGAGGGGCGCCAGUAGCGUGGUUCCCCGCGCUAUCGCCAGGAAAAACUGUUUCAGUCUCAACUUUGCAGGAUCAGCAAUACAAGUUUGAUCAGCAUGACACGGAAAACCCGUGAUGCGUAAGACACAAGAGCAAGCUCAUAGGAAAGACGACUUUCUUGCAUCUCGAGCAUGAAAAAAACUUCCUGAAGGAACUUGCGCAUUACAAGUUGAGACUGAGACAGUUUUUUCUCACGAUGCGCGACCGUGGAACAAGUCCCGCUUCGUCGCCAGCAACUGCUGCAGGACAACCAAGAAGUAGGACAACUACCGGUGAUGAUCCGGAAAUACCGCAGCGUCAUCUCUGUAGUAUCGACGUGGCUAUUGUUCCCGUCGCGUGCGGGGCGAGGACGGGAGAGGAGCCCAUCUAUCCUGUGUAACAAGGUCCCCACCUCGCCUUUGUCAUGCAAAACUGCAAGCCUAAUCCUAAACGCUAAAAUGUUUCUAACGCGCAGGAACCCCACGGGGAGCAUUUCCUCACGUUAUCUGGAUUCUGGAAGCUCUUCAACAUGAGAAACAGGAUGAGAGGAGCCAUCGAUGUUCUUGAUACGGCUCCACUAGCCAAACCGGUCAUGCCCAAAUUCGUGCAGUCUGUUUGUACGAGCUGUCAUGCGCAACACGACACAGAGCUUGUUGGUUUGUGCAGCAAAAUGCCCAUCUUGAAUUUAACGCGGAGACGUUUUUACAGAGGAUACAGUCCUGGUUUGCCUCAUCCCGCUGCGGAAUACCAUCACGAGGGACGCGAUCGUCCGUACCGCAGGCACUACGUCUAUGCAAGAAAAAAACUUUCAUGUAUGCGCAGGAUUCAACACACCUAGACUUGCCAUCCUAGCUAGCCAUGAAGUCCUCUUUUCAGAUGUGUAUGCACGUGCUACUGCUCGGUUUGCAUGACAGGCUCUCUCUUGCAUGCAGAGCAAAUUUAUCAUGCUGUCACUCCGAAAUGCCCACUGGGUACGCGUAUAGUAGCACCGUUUUUUUCUUGGAUAAGGUCGGUGGAAGAACUGCUUCACCAGUUCGCGGACCAGCAGGGAACCGCCACCAGGGCCUUUUGAGGUUGCGUCACCACGUUAUUUGGGGGAUCAUUUGUAGUUCGUGUCAAAAGAGGUUUUUUUUUUCCGAAAAGUGUGCGAUUUAUGUGUUCUUUUAUUUGUUCUUUAUUACCGUCUGAUGAAAACAUAAAGAUAAUUAAACUACUUGCAUAAACAAGAGUGAGCACGAAGACUGUCUUUAGGAGGUGAACUCAGCUCCUUUUUUUUUUGCGAAAAACAUGUUUUAGAUGUUGGUUUUGUACAAGUUCUUCGCUCGUAUUUUUGCAACCUUUUUGCAUAUCCAUUGUUGGAGGCACGUAGCGUCGAUUCUUGCAGAGAUUCGUUUUUUUGGGUGCCGCAACAUGCACCCUUUGGAAGGCUUACGACUCAGGGGACACUAUUAUUUUUCUCUUCGUAACAAGAAUACAGCUGUAGCGCAUGAUCAUGAAGAUCUUGCUGCCCAUGUUGUGCCAGUCUAGGGCUCUUAUUUGUAGGACUGCAGCAGAUUAUGUCAGCCCCAGGUUAGACUUAGAACACAGAAUUACAGGAAACGGGAAUAUUAAUAUUAAAAUGCGCGACCGUUUCUAGGACUUAAGUAGGCUUCCAUCAAAGCAACUCCACAACGAUCACUGCACCGGAUAGGAGGAUUGUCGAGUAAAUUGAUUUUAAGUUUGAAGGCCAUGAAGCAGGCAACGAUAUGCAGAUUUGGUGCUGGGUCGUCGGCACCAUACAGAGCAAGUGCUAGUACUUAUACGUGAUGAUGAAAAUAGGAAUACAAUAUCGCAGCUUCGAGUGGUUGACCUGUAGCUCCUAGCUUGUGAUAUUUAUGUCGACUUCGAGUAUGCCUCGGUGUCCAGAAGAUAGAAGAUGGCUAAGCAAGCACAUCGCCGCAGGAGCACCUGUUGCGGAGAAAGUGUCUUGAGCAGAAAGAUUCGUUAAGUUGGAGUUGCUAUCAAAACCUCUUUUGUCCUAUCGGGCUCCGUGUCGAAACAUCAUCACGAUGUCGCAUGAGGCCAUUGAUUAGCGUGAAUCUAGGCGAGAUUUUGUUUUUGUGAAGUUGCUAACUUUCAACACGAUUUUUACGAUCGAAUCCUCAGAGGGAUGCUCCCUACCUCUGGAUUCUUGCGAUUAGCAAGGUUGCGAAACUCGUAAUUGUUGGUAUAAUAUCCGUGCUUCCCUGCUCACCUUUGAUAUCUAGAUCGCGAGAAGCGGCGCACGGAACAUAUGCUAGCAUUUGCGGUAUUGCAAAUUAUAUGACGAAUAUUCGAGUACGAGUUUUAUCUGUAUCUGAUAGCUGCAAUAAUGCUAGAUUGAUGUUGACGUUGAUAAAAUGAUUUGAGGAGCGUGCAAGGAGUGAAACGAAUACCGAAGCAAAAUUAGUAGAAUCGAGGAUAGGAACUGCAUGCGGAUCAAAUUCAGAAUAAGUAGAAACGGCGUAGUAGCUGCUGGCGGGGGCGACACUUGCUGCUACCGAAGAAACUACGCUUGCGUUGCUGCUAUCGAAGAAUACGAAAUGCGACUGCAUCUUCCGAAAAAAUGCAAGAGAAUACAGAAAACUCACAAUUUCGAAGCCACCCGCGUGUUGGCAUGAAGAUGAUGAGGAAAUUAUAUAUAGUGAAUCGCGGCGCAAUAGAAAAUAGAAAUGACGAAGCAGUAGAGAAUUCGAGCGCGAGCAAACUAGCAACAGCUACUUCUGCUGAAAAGUAGGGAGACGCUGAUUCAUAGCAAGAAAGAAAGUGAACGUGAAGCCGAAAAACAAAAAGUAUGAAAUAACCCGGGAUGAAAAUGGGUAAGAUUAU